UUCCCGAAUGGUGGAUCCUCGCUUACCUCCUAAAAUUCAAGAAAAUGUUAACGACUCAGGUUCGCUAGUCCGUCAGAUCAUCCGUGGAUCAAAGUCUAACGAGUUAUUAUCGCAUGCUGCCAAGACAUUUGUAUCAGUUGACAACACAAUAGAAAGCUCAGAUGCAACUGUCAAGAGAAUGGGUAUCCUGGUUUCACAUUUACAGUUUCAAGCAGAAGCAAUUGAAAGAAGUGUUGGUGAAAUGGAAACAGUACAAGAUCAACUAAUCACUUUACAGAGAUCGUGAAAACAUGCAAUGAAGAAGUUAUUGGACAAUUUGAAGCUCAUGGAUAUUGUGUCGGCAUCAAAACUAUUCUUUAAUUCUGUUUCCUCAUUCGUAACUCAAUGUUCGUAACGCAAACAUUCAGCAUCUUGUGAAGAAACACUUUCCCCACAUUUUAAUUUAAUGUCUGUUCCUAUUCAGAAUGUCUCCGUCAGUCUGUCUUGUAAAUUUUUUUUUUUUCAUAGUAUCAGCUGGACACAUGGAGCCGGGAACAGCCACUAGUGAUGCUGUAUACAAUCAAAACCUAUUUAGGCUUGUCAACGCUCACACGAACAGUGUAAAAAGUACAGACAUG